GAGGAACAAUCCACAUUGGGCCGAAUUCAGCUAACUUGAUUGGGCUCUGGCCGAAUCGAAACCCGAACUGAUCUGGGAUCACUGGAAUUUUCCUUGAAAACCCUAACCCUAAUCUUAACCUAGGGUUUUCAAGAGACAACACGUAAAACCCUAAUUUAACACAUUGUAGUUGCUGAUCAAGGAGGACAAAGCUCUCGAAUCGCUCGAAAAACCCAAAAAAAAAUGGGUGGAAAGUGCCCACACAGGAAGGUUAAGAAGAGAAGGUACUCUCACAAAACAUCUCGGCGCACCAAAUUCGAGCUCAAAGGCGACGAUGCUGUUUAUGAGGAGCUUCGGAAGCCAGAUGACGAGAAGAAGCCCUUGCCUGUGGAUGAAGAUCUUCCCGGGAUGGGCCAGUAUUACUGCAUACACUGCGAUCGAUACUUUGCAAGUGUGGCGGUAAGGGAUGAACAUUUCAAGACGAAACGACACAGAAAACGGCAAUUGAGUCAUAAACAUGCUCGAGUUAACUUAGAGAAUUAUAUCAAAUUCAACCUUAUCCAAUUCAAGGACUGGAAGUGUGAAGCAAAUGAUGGGGCCUGCACCACAUACACAACUUGAUGCUGACCUAGCUGCUGGGAUGGGCAUGCCAGAUAAUGGUCCAAAGCUAAUGUCAAUGUGAGCUCCCAGUUUUUGGUUUGUCCGUGGAUAUUUUUUUAAAGUUAAUGUUCAAUGGGCUGCAAACUGCACUCUUUAUGUUUAAAUUGGCAAUGUUAAGAUCCUCAUUACAGUUAAGAAUGAUCUAUCUUGUCACUUUUAUGUUUAUGUAGCAAAUAAUUUUAAAUCAAUGUUCUGGUUUGCGAUCUCA